AUGCCGCUGAUUGGCGCGAUGCAACUUCAGUGUGCACUCCCGAAGGCUACCAUGAGCACUUCGCAGAUCCUCGUGCUCCUCGCCCUUGCGGUGACGGUGGCUCUGGCCGGCGACCCCAAGAAGUCCGACAGCAAAGGGGCCGUUGACUCAAAGGAUGCCAAGAGCAAGCGCGGACUCGAGCUGAGUCUGGGUCAUGGUGGCUUUGGUGGUGGCGGCGGUGGUUUCGGCGGCCACGAUUUCGGCGGCUUCGGCGGCGGUGAUUUCGGCGGUGGAUUCGGCGGCGGCGGCGGCGGUGGCGGCGGCGAGGGAAAAAUCUCCGGCAUCACGAUUCAUCGCGAGGUCUCGGUGCCAGUUCCGGUGCCCUACACCGUCGAGAAGAGCGUCCCGGUACCUGUACACGUACCGGUGAAGGUUCCGGUGGACAACCCGAUACCGUAUCACGUACCGAAACCCUACCCGGUCCCGGUAGAGAAGACUGUACACGUCCCCGUGGAGAAACACAUCCCAGUACCGGUCAAGGUGCCCAUCAAGGUGCCCGUGAAGGUGCCCGUACCCUAUAGCGUACCCUACAAAGUACCCUACCCCGUGCAUAAGGAAGUGCCCUACCCGGUCAAGGUUCCGGUCGUCGUUAAGGAAUCGUAUCCGGUCCUGGUGCACGAGCACGGUCACGGAGGCGGCGGCGGUGGCUUUGGCGGCGGCGACUUCGGCGGCGGAUUCGGUGGCGGUCAUGAAAUCAGCUUCGACCUGCACCAUUGACGAUAGUCUGACAACAGUCGACAUUAUUGAUCAUACAUCUCUUGUAUAUAAUGAUUACGUUUCUUUUUUUUUUUUACUCUGUGCUGUCUUAGCAGAAUAAACAUUAAAUUAUUAA